AUGGACGUGGCCAGUUCUGCCCGACGGCCUCAUUAUCAGCUGGGUGGCCUGUCGAGCUUCAUUCCGCUCAACGAAGAGCCCAGCACGCUGUCGACGCGCGGACAACGCCUGCCCACGCUGAUCCAGAGCCGCUCGAGCGCGUCCCUCUUCACUCUGCCGCGUCGGCCCACAACCAGACGGGGUUCCGUCCACAGCCACCACUCCAACGAAGAUGAAGAGCAUGGACAUGAUGAUGACCUGGACUUCAUGUCGCCGCCCAGGCGACGCACCCUCCCUCCAUCCGAAGUCGAUCCUCGGCGGAUGAGUCUCGGGCCGGAGAUCCUCAUGACACCCCAGAUGCGCAGCAUGCGGUUGAUAGGGCAGAGCAAUCCGCGGUACCACUGGCACAAGUACUUCAAGACCGAGGAGGAGCUCAAACGGAUGAAGAAGCCGAUCAGAAAGUAUUACGAGCGGAACAACUUCCUCAUCACGCAGUACAUAUACAUUGACAAGCUGCUGGAUUCUUCCUUGCCUCACAAUCUCAUCCAGGAGUACAGCCAGCAGCGGUCGCGGUCGAACGGAUACCUGAACACCAUCUCCGAGGAACAGAACUCGGCCACCAAUACCCCAGUGGUGGCGCCAAUGGAUGAGAGCGCGCCGGACACGCCAACUCCCAUCGAGCAAAGAUUGAAACGCACACCAAAGGACCUGUACAAGCUUCCCAGCGAACAGACGCCCUUGCUGCCGGAUGAAGGAGAGGAACAUGAAGACUCGGUAUGGCCCGAAAUCAACCUCGAAGACAUCGACAACGGGGUCGAGCCGAACGACCCCAUUGUCACCGUGGCCAUCUUCAUCAACCUGGUCGCCAACAUCAUUUUACUCGCCGGCAAGAUCGUCGUCAUUGUCUUGACAUCGUCUCUAUCCGUGCUCGCCUCCCUCGUCGACGCUGCCCUCGAUUUCCUCUCCACGGCCAUCGUCUGGACCACCACCAAGCUCAUUUCUCGACAGGACCAAUACGCGUAUCCGAUCGGCCGACGACGUCUCGAGCCCGUGGGCGUCCUCGUCUUCUCCGUCAUAAUGAUAACUUCGUUCUUCCAAGUCGCUCUGGAAUGUUUCAACCGGCUUCUCUCGCCAGAUCACAGCGUCGUGGAACUUGGCAUUCCAGCCAUCGCCAUCAUGCUGAGCACCGUCGGGAUCAAGGGCUUCUGCUGGUUCUGGUGCCGGCUCGUCAAGAACAGCUCCGUGCAAGCUCUCGCACAAGACGCCGCCACAGACGUGGUCUUCAAUAUUUUCUCCAUCAUCUUCCCCCUUCUCGGUUUCUACUUCCAGAUAUGGUGGCUCGAUGCGCUCGGUGGGCUCCUCCUCUCCUGCUACGUCAUCUUCAACUGGUCGAAAACCAGCGUCGAACAUGUCCGGAAUCUAUGCGGCGUCUCCGCAACAGCCGACCAGCGCAACGUCUUGCUAUACCUCGCCAUGCGAUUCGCGAAGCCCAUUCGGCAUAUCCAGGGCCUGCAGGCCUAUCACACAGGCGACAAGCUCAACGUGGAAGUCGACAUUGUGCUUGAUGAGAAUAUGAGUCUACGCGACAGUCAUGACCUCGGCGAGAGUCUGCAGUACGUCCUUGAGAGCGUGCCGACGGUGGAUCGCGCUUUUGUUCACGCCGACUAUGCGGACUGGAAUUUGCCCAGCCAUAUGAAUCAGCAAGCCUGA